CAACUGAAAAGAAAAACAGAGUUGGGAAAACAAAACUUCAGAACAACACGUAAAUAAAUUCAAUUAUCAUUCAAAGAUCAGAUCUCAGCCAAUUGCCAUGACUGAAUCUGUUGGUAUACGGAAUACAAGACGAUGGAUUAUAAUCCUAGUUGCCCUUAUUGUGUCUGGGUUAGGAUAUCCCUUGUUUCUAUUCACGACAACAGUUUUUAGAGCUGAUUUACCAAUUGAAGAAAUCCAAGAAUUAUCCAAUUCCUGGCAACAUGAUAUCCAUUUCAAGAUCCCAAUAUAUUUGGAAGUGCCGACCACAUUAGUUGAUCUUGUUUCCACUAGCCAAGAGUCAUUUGAUAAGAAACUCGAACAAGUGUAUCCAUCUAUACUGAAAUUCUGGUCAGUAGAAUUUCACACAAACGUGGAGAAUAUUAGCUCAGCUACUGAUUUGGUGGUCAAAAUUGAACAGCAAACUAAUGAUGCUGUUACGGUGGAAUCAUAUCACGUUUCUCCGUUUGAUAAGGAGGUCAUCUUGUAUAUCACAGAUAAAACAAUUGAAAACAGAGGUCUUGAAGACUUUUUAGUAACCAUUCUCAUCAAUGAAGUCUUUAGAGAAGAAAUCUAUCAAUUCUUAAGUGUAACCAGUGAAAACACAGGCGAAGAAGGGGAAGUAAGUGCAAUAAUGCCAUAUUCACCAAAAUUCAAUAUCGUUUUCUCGUUGUUCGUUGAAAAUGGUGUUGAGAUCGAUUGGGAAAUUGAAAAGUCACUUGAAUUAUUUAAACCAUUAUUAUCAAAGUUAAAUCAUUUCGCCAACUUCUCGCUUGCUAGUCAAGUUCAAUAUUACUCAAAAUUGUCUAAAGAUGUUAAAUUCAACGAAGAAGAGAAAACUUACGUAUUAAGUCAAUCUGAUUUAACCACAUUUAUAAAUUUUGGUGAUUGGAAUUUAUUCACUCAUGAUAUUAAUCCAACAAUUAAUUUUAUCAUUUUCUUCCCUGCAUCAAACUAUGAAAAUAAACGUUGGACGAUUGAAGGUUCAAAGAAAAACUCUUUCUUAGUCCCACAAUGGGGUGGUGUUCAUAUUUUCAAUAAAGAUUUACCAUUAAUUGAUACUUCAAAAGUUUCAAUUACCGAGAAUGAACUUACACCAGUGUUGGAAAUAUUUUCAUCUCAGUUAUUCCAAUUGUUAGGUUUUGUGAAAAGUCCAAAAUCUCCUUCAAUAAGAAUCGAUACUCUUUCAAGAGUAACUACUUUCAAGAACUUGAAACAAACUUUUGAAAGUCUUAAUUCCCUUAUUAAAGUUACUAAUUCAUUAACUGAAAUUUCUAUCCCUAAUCUUACAAAAGAGUAUGUUAUAAAGAGUUUGGAAUUUGCUAAUGAGACCUUAUCAGUUUUGAAUAAUAACCAAGAUUAUUUAAAAUCAGUAACUCUUUCUUCAUUAUCAUUAAAGAAUUCCGAUAGUGCAUUCUUUGAAAAGGAAAUGCUUCAACAAGCUUAUUUCCCAAGUGAACAUAAGUAUGCGGUAUUCCUUCCAUUACUUGGACCAGUUGGUUCAAUUAUAUUUAUUGGAGUACUAAAAAUGAUUUCCGAUAUAAAGAAGGAAAGAAAAGAAAAAAAGGAAAAAGUUGAUUAAAUAUCGUUAUUAGAACUACAUAAAGUGAAUAGAUAGGAAAACAAAAUUUUAUAUUUUUGGAGAAAACAAAAUCAACAAAACAAAGUUAAAAACACAGUUUUA